UAAAUCGGAUGCAACAUGGUGAAUUCAUUCAUUCACAUACAAUGACAUUCGUUCUUUUGAAUAAGUAAAUUAUUUUUAGACUUGAGAUGAAAUAAGUUUACAUAAAUAUCAUUUUUGACACAAGGCUUUAUUAUUGUCAGAGAUCUCGUAUUCAACGCAUGACAAAACGUCAACACUUUUUGGAAUUCUGCCGUUGCCGAUAAACUGACAAUACUUUAAUAUCCCCUAAACUUUGGUUCCAAGAGUGGUCCUAUUUUAGGACGCGAGCUACACGCAGAAAAAUAUCCUUAGAGGGAAAUACACAUCCUGAGAAAAAAGGUACACGACCGGGGCAAUGGUAUCCACUCAGAUAUGUCGUUGCAUAAGCCACGACGCCUGUCUUCCGCGGUUGCUGACGAAAACAAUACUCAUAUUCACAUUAAAUUGUUUAGAUAUUAUUCCGGAGUCUGUGAAAAUCACAUACGUAAACAACAAGUUCGUAGAUGAGGUCUACGCCAACAUCAGACGGUAUUCGAGAAGCGGUUCAUACUAUAUCAACCUUUGGGGGAGCAUCAAACAUACUUGGGCUAACAAUAUCUCUGUGCAUAUUGUAACAACGGAGUUCCUCCACAACGAGUACCGACGGUCGUUCAUCGAAUUCCACUACAAAUUUUGCGAUUUUAUCAACAAGGAACCCAUGAUUGGCCAAAUGUUUGUCCUGAAGGGCGUGGUGUGUCCUUUACCUAAGGGUGAAUAUCGCCUGAUGAACAUGACGGUCCAAUCCCAACACUUCCCCAACCGCUGGCCGUUCGAGAAAGGCGGGGCUGAUGUCAACGUCACAACUACAUAUACCAAGGAAGUUGUUGCAUCGGGCUACAUACACCUGAAGUUUAAACAGGAUAAGAAGAAAAAUUAAAAUACAUUCUUAUUUUAGACGAUCAAAUCUUAAGUUACAUACCAGUUACGUCUAUACAUAUACACAUAAUAAAACAGUAAAAAUAUUUUGUCUGUACAUUUAGUAAUGAAAAUAAAAUGAAUAGAGGGACACAUAUUUUUGAAUUUUUUAUCUGUCUGUCUGUAUGUAUGAUCACGUUAAUCUCCGAAAGUACUGGACGGAUUUGAAUGAAACUUUUUUGUUAUAU